AGAGGGCGAGGGAGGGCUGAGCUCAGUCUGUAAAGCAGAUUAGGGCUGAGCGUCUCCCUCCUCCUCUUCCUCCUCCUGUCCUGCGCUCCUCCGCUAAACUGCCCUGUGAGGAAAUACUCCGUCCAGCAGCACAAACACACCACUGAUCACCAGGACACGCUUCUGAAGGACUGAAAGUAUUGAAAGUGUGGAAGCAAGCGAGAGACAUUAGCGAGGACUCUAAAGGAACACUGAUGGCCAGAAGAAGACGACCAGAAGAACCUGGAUUGUAUUCCUAAUGGAUCUGGAUGGGUGGCUCGCAAUAAGCGGAGUACUGUAGGAAUGGCCUGCACAGGCUAAAUGCAUUUGUUUAACAAUUUAAAACCAAUCGAGGAUCAUCGAUAAGAUCUUUCGCCCACAGCGGAUGAUUACAACGCUAUGCAAGCCCAAGAUAAGGAAUCGGACGCCAACAGGAGAGCAUGCAGUGAUGUAGUAGAACUGGCACACUGCUGAGCUUCAGCACGUGCUGUACUGGUGGAAACUCCUGAAGCUCAGAACAUCCCAAGCUGAGCUGUGUAAGAGUUGGAAGAGUGAGCUGCUGAAAUGCUCCGGUUGGCCGUGGUACUUUGCGGAGCGCCGUACUGAUGUGAGAGCUGUGGAACAAGCCGUGGACUGCGUUUACUAAUGGAUAACAAAGCACAUAGAGCUGAUGGUGCAACGCAAGACACAUUUCCUCUCUGAUGGGGCCCUGACACACGCUCAACACACUCUGGGCUAAAUGGAGGAGCGGGAUCGCAGCCGCUCUCCGUCACGCAGGACCAGCAGAGUGGAGCAGGUGGUGGGACGCUGGCUACGUCGUUCCAGGGACUCCACCAGCAGAGAGCGUGUGAUUGAAGAUGGACGUGCCGCUAACACCAGUCCUCAGGAACAGAGAAGCUGUCCAAUCAGAGUGACCGCUCAGAUUCCAUUUGACUCCGCCCUCAACUCCCACGGCUUCGCUGUGUCCACACACACUCCACCUCAGGUGCAGGAGGUUGCUGCAGGGGGUCCUGCUGAUGGUAAACUUUUACCUGGUGACCAGCUCGUCAAGAUCAACAACGUGGCUGUGGACGACCUGUCCACAGAGCAAGCUGCUGACAUCAUCAGGGAGUGUCAGGACACAAUAACAAUGACAGUCCUCAGAAUAACAGUGGGGCCAAAAUCAUCCUUCAUAACCCCGGAGAAAAGAGCCAAGCUGAGGUCCAACCCUGUUAAAGUGCGAUUCGCUGAAGAGGUGGUCGUCAACGGUCACUCACAGGGCAACUCUCUGCUGUUCCUGCCCAACGUGCUGAAGGUUUACCUGGAGAACGGACAGACCAAAGCCUUCAAAUUUGAACCCAAGACCACCGUUAAGGACAUUGUGAUGACUCUGAAGGAGAAACUGUCCAUAUCCCGCAUCGAGCACUUCUCUCUGGUGCUGGAACAGCAGUACAGCAUCACUAAACUCUUCCUGCUGCACGAGGAGGAGCUGAUUCAAGAGGUGGUCCAGAAGAAGGAGUCUCAUGACUACCGGUGUUUGUUCCGUGUCUGCUUCAUGCCGAAAGAGCCAGAUGACAUGCUGGAGGAAGAUCCUGUAGCCUUUGAGUACCUCUACCUGCAGAGUGUGAGUGAUGUGCUGCAGGAGAGGUUUGCUGUGGAGAUGAAGUGUAACACAGCUCUCAGAUUGGCGGCGCUGCACAUCCAGGAGAGACUCGCCAGCACUGGCCAGUCCCCCAAAACACCCCUAAAGACUGUCACGAAAGACUGGGGUAUUGAUAGCUUUGUCUCCAGCACUCUACUGAGAAACAUGCGGGAGAAGGAUCUGAAGAAAGCCAUCAGUUACCACAUGAAGAAGAUCCUUCUGCAGGAACCCAAACAGAAGGUGGUUACAGUAAACCAGGCCAGGUUGAACUACCUGAAUGAGAUGGGUGAACUCAAGUCUUAUGCGGGGAAGUCUUUCAGUGCCACCAUGAUGCUGCAGGACAGGGAGUCCAUGGUGAGUCUGUUGGUGGGGGCUCAGUACGGGGUGAGUCAGGUGAUCAAUCACAAGCUCAGCAUCAUGACCACGCUGACCGAGUUCAGCAGCAUCACCAGGGUGGAGCUCACGCCGGAGUCGGAGCGCGUCAGCCUCGUCAAAAUCUACCUGCAGGACAUAAAGCCUAUAACUCUGCUGUUGGAGUCGGUGGCUGCUAAGGACUUUUCAUGUCUUAUAGCUGGUUACUGCAGACUGCUGGUAGAUCCUCAGAUCUGUGUGUUUCCGUGGACAGCCAAGUCAAAGAGCCAUCGUAUCUCAGCAGAGGAAGGUUACGUAUCACGAUGCGGCAGUGACUCUGAAGACUCGGACACGGACAUGGAUGCACUACUGGCUCACGUGGCCAGUGCUACCCAGAGUGAUCAGCAAGUGUCAUCUACCAUCAAUUCAAACAACAGGGCUCAAGAUUCAGGGCAGGCGGAAGAAAAGGCUGAGACAAGAAAAGAAGAAGACAAGACGGCGAAACAGAGCGAGGUGGCCAACGGAGUGGUCAAGAUAACUGAGAAGGUAAGACUAGAAGGACAUUCUGGGCUCAUGUUUGCAAAUGAAGAGGAUACGUUACAAUCUGAGGAAGAAAAAGACAUGGACAAUGAAAAGGAGGACACAGAGCGAGAACUUAAGGUGGUACCAAAGAUUCCAUGUGUCAUCAUUGUGGAGGACCCACCCUCUGACGCGUCUGAUUCAUGCCAGACAGACUCACGUUUCCUAGCCAGCAUGUCCAGUGACUCUAUGGAUGCCCUAGAAGAGGACGACCUUUUGACAUAUUGCUCCACCAGCUGCCCCAGCCACUUAGAUAUGGGAGACCACUACCUCCACUCUGAUGUGCUCCUGUCAUCGUCAAGUCCAAGGCAACUGCAUUGCCAAGAAAGUGAUUUCCACAAUGACUUGUGUUCCGCUGAUGCUGAUGGAGAUAGUGACCCAUUUGUAUGUUUUGCUGCUCUGUCCAACAUCGCAGAGUGUCUCCCCAGUCCCCCUGAGGCCAGUGAAGAUGAGGAUUAUGAAGACCAGGCAGGUGAGGUAGAGGGACAAGAAGAGGAUGCAUCCGAGGAAGGUUCUGAAAGGACGCAAGGCCUUCAUGUUUUUACAUUUGAGCAAGGAGACACACGAUGCUAUUACAAGAUCUGCUCUAAUCUUACACCUGAUAGUGCCCGCAGCCCUCCCAGACCUCCGUCUCCUAACUCCCAGAAAGAGGAGGAGGGUAAUGGAACAGAAGAACAGAGGCGGGAGCCUGACCCUAUCCCCAUCCUUCAGCCUCCCCCUGGGUUUGGAGACAGUAGCUCAGACGAUGAGUUCUUUGACGCCCAGGAAAGAUUCACAUCUCCUGAGGAAUCUUCUUCUACAGCCUUGAGUAGAGAAAAUUCAACAGAAUAUGGCACCAUGAAGCGUACACUUAGUCUAAGUGACAUUGGAAUUAGUGUUUGUGAACAAGGGAUGACAGAGGAAGAAUUGACAGGACAGAAAGAAUAUGAAUUACGUAUGGAGAUGUCAAAUGAACUUUCACGGUUCAACAAGAGAUACAGAAAACGUCGUUCAUUCAUGGAAACAGAUUACACAUCUUUAGUAUCUUUCCCUGAAGACAACUGUAAUCAAAUCGCAAAUCACAGGUCAGGACCUGAUAACAAGGGAGAAGGUCCAAUCACUCGUUUUGACGUUGGGCUAUCAAAUCAAAGCCCUUGUCCCACAGUUUCAUCCCUAAACAAUGCCGAAGGAGAGCCAGCACAAUUGGAGACCAAACCCAUCACACCGUCCAGGCUGAGUAAGCCUGAAAGCCAGAAUCUUAUGGACGGCAACAAGGUCAACAAAGCCAGUCAACGGAAACAGCAGCUUAUGUUAAUGGAACCCGAUUCCAUGGAGUUUAAGUCUGUCACGGAAGUCAUAUCUGGUGUCUCACCUGCUAUUGUAGCAUUGCGGACCAGUGGAGAGCCUAAAGCCAACAACAUCAACAGUUCUGAUCUGGCUGAAGAAGGUGCAGUAGGAGAUUUGCUUGAGGGGUUCCUUGCUGAUCAUUUGUUCUUUUCCACGUCUCGAAGUCAGGGUGAUAGCAGUUUACAUGUGAAAACCAACGACCAGGAGUCAUUCAAAAAGGGUCUGUCCCAAGAUACUUUGGAUAAGCUAAAGGCUUGCUCUCUCCCACGACUGGGCCAAGCAUCCCUGUCUGGCUCUUUGUACCUUCAAGUCCCAACCAUAUCCUGCACCCCAAGCCCAGAUGUGCACAGGGAACAAGAUCAUCUGGGAAUGCGUAAUCAAAAAGGACAGUUGCAGCCAACGGAGAGAAUCAGAAGCCACAGUAUGUCUUCUGCAUUUGGGAGAAGAGCUCCUCUUUGCCCAACAAGGCAUCUCUUCCCUCAAAGAGAACCUCUGUUCCGAACAAAAGAACCAGAGUCUGAUGACACAGACAGUUCCAGUGAUCCGUCCCUCCAAGAAGUGUCCUCUAGUGUUCCAUCUGCAGACCCCACCCAGGGAUAUUUAUUUGCACCAUGUUCACCCGGUAUUCUUGGUCGUCUUUCUGCUUCAACACUGCGGGGAAAGAUCCAGAACUUGCCUCUCUACCUCUCACGUUCCCAUGAAGUGCUAGAUGGAAAUGAAAGUCUUAGUGGUAUUGCUAAACCAGCAAGAAGGUUUUCUGAGACACGGCCAAGAAGGAAAGACGUGGAUGUUUUGAAAGAGGAAACUGAGGAAGUUACCUCAACUGGUGCAGCUUCUGAGGUAACUGAGCUAAAAGUUGUAACCAUUGUAUCUGAAGAGGUUACAGAGGUGAUUGAAGAGGUCAGAGAGGUAAGCCACAACAGUCCUCGUGUGCACGGACAGCAGAAGGCAGAAGCCAAACCACAAGAGCAUCCACAAGCAUCUAGUCCAUCUCCUUGCCCACAGUCAGUGGCCCCUGCCAAGAUCAGCACUUCAUCUGUAGUGGUUACUACGCAGAAUCUGAAUGGACCAUGGGGUGUGGUGACUUCCAGAGAGAUAGGAGGAUUACAAGGGGGAAGUGGCCCCCUUGUGGGCACACACUCCCAUCUUUUGACCUCUGGCUGUGGGGUUUUUACAAACUGUGAUUCCAAGCCAACAAACACACAGCCCAAAGCUCUGCCAAGCCCAUGCCCACAUGGGAAACCUGAUCUUAGCUGCAGUUCAGCCCUAGCAAUGGGGUGCGAGACAGUUAUGGAGGGUGCUCAAACACCACUGGAGGUUUGCGGAUGCCAAGCAGUGUACACCAACUGCUUCAGUGGCGUUCUGGAUAGUGGCAGCUUUGACGAUGAGCUGACUGUCUACGAGUUCUCCUGCAGAACACAGCAGGAAGAGAGUGGCCAAGCAGCAUUGAUGAAAUCCAUUCCACUACCUUCUUCCCUCUCUGGUUCGCCAGCUUCCUUUUCACCAUCUUCACCCCUUCCUUCAUUUCCUUGUGUGGUCUUACCACCAUCCUCAUCCACAGAACUUGGCCCUCUUCUUUCACCACUGCAUAACCAUGACUGUUUCCUCCCUGACGCGCAUGAAGAUGCAAUUGCCGGCCUACUGUCCCGGCGCUACCCUUUACCACCCACAGGCUUCCUGGCUUUACAGAGGGACGUUGACACACUGUUAACAAUCUUGGCAGGUGCAAUGAAGGACCAAGAUGGCGUCCUGGAGCAUCCACGAGACACCUGUGCUGCCCACUUUUCUGAAAACAAGCGGAGGUUGCAUACAGAGGCUCGGGGGCUUCUGGCCGGCUGUCAGCAAGUGGUAAGGGUCGAGCAGACCCCAGCAGAGACGCUGCAAGCUUUAGCUGAGAGUUUUCACUCACUGGUCCAGUUGACAAGCGUAUGUCUGAGUUUCUCGAGCUGCCAGAGAUGCCAGGAGCGUCACACUCAAGCUCUGUCAGGACUUGCAGAUCUGGCACAGACCUACCAAGAAUUUGCACGGGCAGCGGAGCAAGUGGGCACCACUACAGGAAAGAGGACUUGCCAUGAUCUCAGUAUUAAGCUCCUGGCCCGCCAGUGCACAGCACUUACGACUUCGGUCUUCUGCCUCACACAGCUGUUCCGCACGCUCACUGCCCUUUGACCUCUGAACUGUGAUGUUAGGAGUGUUUCUUUUGGACAUCAGACCUUAGGGUGGCACGAUCUCUUGAAUAUGAAUGAAAUCUUAGCAGAUAUUAAUUAAAGUACAUGAUUGUGCAAGUACAGCAGGUAAAGCACACGUGCCGAACCAAUCCUGAUCUUGGAGAUCCUGGUCUACCACCCUAAAGGCCUUCAUUACCUGGUUCAGAUGGGCAAGAUUAGGCUUGAAGCCUCAGUGUUACAGAUAGAUCACCAAGCACUCCUGAGAUAAAGAGGAAUUCCACCAAUUAAUUCCAUCAGUAAAGUAAACUAGAAACAUUUGAGAGUAUUGUAAUGGAACAACUCAAUUCUAGAGAAACUAGUGACAUUUCGUCACUGUGGUAAUGCCAUCAAGCUUAAUUGCCGACCCCUGCUCUAGAUUAUUUCCUCACACCAAACUCCCUACUCCGAAUGACUCUGUUAACAUUUCAGACACUCAAUUUUGUGUUUUUUAGUGGAAUUAUUUGGUGAAAUUCCUCUUUGGAUAUGGUUUAACUUUUUAAGACAUAAAAUAAUGCCACUGCUCAUUGACUGCUAAUGGAGAGACACACAGGCACAGACAUACACGUGCUAGACCACAGUUGCUUGUGUUGUGGUUUCUUUGUCAGCAUUUCAAUUUCCAUUUGAAUGUACACUGUAUUGCCAAAAUUAUUCGCUCACACAAUAUACAACACAUUAAAUUCAGGUUUUCCAAUCACUUCCAUUGGCACAGGUUUAUAAUAAAACCAAGCACCUAGGUAUGCUUCAGACUGCUUCUAAAAAAAACAUUAGUAAAAGAAUGGGUUUUCUCUGAGAAGAUCAGUGAACUCCAGCGUGGUACCAUGAUAGGAUGCAGCACCUGUGCAACAAGGGCAAGUCCAGUCAUGAAAUUUCACUGCCAACUACUAAAGAUUCUACAGCCAACUGUCAGUGAUAAUAUAACACAGUGGAAGCAACUGGGAAUGAAAUCAAUGGCAAUACAGUGUAUAUUAUUUUCUUAUUAUGCACUUUAGUUUAUGCACUCUUUGGGGUAGAGAAGAAACAAUCUCAAGGUUUGAUUUGUGUUUUUUUUUCAUCAAACGCAGCACAUGCACAGAAACAGAACCUCAGACUCUCAGUAUUAUUUAUUUUUCAGCGUAUUCUUUAAAAUUCUCUCACAGUCCAUUUUUCCUUCUUUUCCUGUUUGUUCACUACCUUCAUUUAUUUACACUCCCAACUGUAUAUUAAUAAUAUAUAAAGCAGAAUUAUCUAAGAACUCCGAGUGAUGCAAGUUAAAUAGAUACUGAUGAUUAUCUGUUACAGUGCUCAGUAAGUAUACUGUGUAUAUACCGGACAGGCAUACCAAAGGAUAUGAACUCUACAGUGACUGUGUUGUACUUUGUGAAGUAACAUUUUUUGUAGACGGAGACUCAUCGGCGUGAGUAGCCUUUUUUUAAAAGAUGGGUUUCAGCUGCUUUUUCUAUGACUUGAAUUUUCCCAGAGGCUGCAUUGUAGACCUGCUUUGUGUACGAAUUGCCCUUUUUACCACAGAGAUAUCAGAUCUGUUUGUGUGUUAUUUAUUUAUUUAUUUAUUUAUGUACUUGUUUGUUUGUUUGUUUGUUUGAGGUACUAUAAUGUAUUUAUUACUUUUAUUUCACAAAUGCGACUAAGCUCAAGCACAAGUACCAGUUCCUGCUAUGACACAGUACUGCAUUGUGACAUCACAUUUACUGUACAGGCAUUGCAACAUCAUAAAAACACGCAUUGUGACAUUGUAUCCAACGACAAUUUGAGUUUUUUAUUUAUUUAUUUGUUUGUUUGCUAUAUGGUCAUAUUUAACUGAUUUUGAUUUGACAUACAAACCUACACUUUGAAAAAAAAAACACAUUUAAGAACCCAGAACUGUUUUAAUAUAUUGCCGCUGUCUCACAAAAACCUUGCUUUUUUAAUUUACUUUUGCAAUUUUCUUUCCUAUUGUGUCAUUCUUUUCUGAUAAGUGGACAAAAAGAAAUGGUCCAGCAGGAAUUUCUCAAAAACAAAAUGACAGAAAUGGCGGAUCUUCCACUAAUCUAAUGGUGGGGCUCUUGUGGGGGUUGAUGGGUGAGGGUUGGUGCCAGAGAGGUUCUAUACAGGUUUUCUUUU